AUGCCCAAAGGCUUCCUGGUCAAAAGAAACAAGAAAUCGACACACGUUUCCUACAGGACGCGCCCAGAAGAGGAUGACCUCCAGGAGCCCCCCACCUCAGCUGCCUUGCCGGGUCAUGCAGACCCCUCCCCGCCGCUGUCCAUGGCGCCCAGUACAGACCGAGCGUUCCUCACCGCAGCGGACGCGCCCGUGUCCAGGAUGGAGAAGCCGGCCCAGUUUGGUAACCCCGAGACGGCGUGCCAAGCUCUCUACAGCCCCACCCGACCAAUCAGCAAGGAGCAUGAGCGGGGCUAUUUCGAGCGGGGUUUCAAUCUAGGCUCACCGAUUUCUGCAGAGUCAUUCCCCACUCCAGCAUCCCUCUCCGGCCUGGACCACCUGCUCUAUGCUCCGGUUGAUCUGAAAAUCGGCACCAGCAACAGCAGCCGCAGCGGCACCACCUCCACCAGCAGCAGCAGCAGUAGCAGCCUCCCAGCACCAAACCGCCUAACCACCAAAAGACCCGCGGAGGCCACCGAGCGUAAGCCCAAACCCGCUGCCAAAAAACCCAAAGCCAUCAGGAAGCUCAACUUUGAGGAUGAGGUGACGACCUCUCCAGUGCUGGGGCUCAAAAUCAAAGAGGGCCCCGUGGAGAUGAAGCCACGGCCACAGUCCGUGGCGGGAAACAAGCCUUUGGGAGAGUUUGUGUGUCAGCUUUGCAAAGAGGCGUACGCGGAUCCCUUUUCUCUCGCACAACACAAAUGCUCUCGGAUCGUGCGUGUCGAGUACCGCUGUCCCGAGUGUGAUAAGAUGUUCAGCUGCCCGGCCAAUCUCGCCUCUCACCGCCGCUGGCACAAACCACGGGCCACUGCCGCGUCUGCGCUGCCCCCCGCACAGGGCAUCAAGCCUGACAUGGCCAAAGCGCCUCCUCUGGGUGUCAAGUCAGAUGAAGCCAAAGACACAAGUGACAGGGACACCCCGAGCCCCGGUUUGUCCGAGUCCGGCUCUGAAGACGGCGCUUACGACUGUCAGUUUUGCGGGAAGAGGUUCAAGCGUCAGGCAUACCUAAGAAAACACAUAAUGGGACACCAGGCCCUGCAGAAGAAAGUGUUGGAGGACUUUCAGACAGCCGAGCGCGCAGCAGAGCAGCCCCCCAUGCCAUCCUCUUCCUCCUCAGAGGAAGCGUCAAACCAAAGCCCCCUCAACCUGAGUCCAGUGGACUGCCUGCUGUGCCCGGUGUGUGGGGAGAGUUUCAGCAGCAGGGCAGCCCAGGAGAGACACCUGCGCCUCAUGCACUCGUCCCAGAUUUACCCCUGCAAAUACUGCCCCGCCACUCUGUACAGCUCCCCGGGGCUCACCAGGCACAUAAACAAGUGCCACCCCUCGGAGAACCGGCAGGUGAUCCUGCUGCAGAUGCCGGUGAGGCAGUACGCAGAGGUGCAGAGCAUGCACCUGUACCUCCUGGUGGGCUUCCAUUAUGCUAUAGUCUCCUCUGAACUGAGCAGCAGGGGUGACAGAUGGAGGAGGGUCAGGUUACUCCUGCUGCUGCUGCUACAGGGCCAGACCAGGGUCAGGAAGCCCCGGUGA